AUGGCGAGGAAGCUCAGUAUAUUCGAAGUCCUUCUGAUCACCUACUUCGUAAUUGUAUUGGUCCUAGAUAUCCUCUUGCUGAUUCUGGUGUUGGAGAAACCCGAAACGUCAUUUAUUCCCGAAUGUCCAGAGAUCCCUGAAUCCGAAAGGAUAGACUGUGCUCCGGGCCAGACGGUGACAGAGGAAAUGUGCAGAUGGCGAUAUAAGUGCUGCUGGAAGCCUGUGACAAAUACUGAUGUCCCUAGGUGCUUCUUCCCCAGGAACUGGGGCUAUGAAGACAGCAGUGGUACAAAAAAUACCAGCACAGGGUUUACUGUCCAACUGAAAAGGUUGCCAUCCCCAUCUCUGUUUGGCAAUGAUAUCAGCGAUGCCCUCUUCACAGCUGAAUUUCAGACAUCCAAUCGUUUUCAUUUCAAGAUCACUGAUCUGUAUAACAAACGCUACGAAGUCCCCCAUGAAAGUGGUAAGCAGUUCAAUGGGACUGCCGACACCUCCAAUUUGAACUAUUUCGUCGAGGUCACCCAUAAACCCUUCAGCAUCAAGAUAACGAGGACGAGCAACCAAAGAGUCUUGUUGGACACGAGCAUCGGGCCCCUCCUGUUCGCCCAGCAGUACCUGCAGCUGUCUCUCCGGCUGCCCAGCGCCAACGUGUACGGGCUGGGGGAGCACGUGCACCAGCAGUACCGUCACAGCAUGGCCUGGAGGACGUGGCCCAUCUUCACCCGGAACAGCACGCCCACCCAGGGCAUGAUUAACCUGUACGGAGCUCACACGUUCUUCCUGUGCCUCGAGGACACCAGUGGCUCCUCUCUCGGAGUUUUUCUGAUGAACAGCAAUGCGAUGGAGGUCACCCUUCAGCCUGCACCUGCAGUCACUUACCGCACGAUCGGGGGCAUUCUUGACUUUUAUGUGUUCCUAGGGAACACUCCAGAACAAGUGGUGCAGGAGUACCUGGAGCUCGUUGGACGACCGUUCUUGCCUUCCUACUGGAAUCUUGGGUUCCAGCUGAGUCGCAGGAAUUAUGGUAGCAUCGAGGAAUUGGAAGAGGUCGUAAACCGAAAUCGUAAAGCUAUGAUCCCAUACGAUGUCCAGUACUCUGACAUAGACUACAUGGAUGCAAAGAAGGAUUUCACUAUUGAUGAAAAGGCUUUUCAUGGUCUCGCAGAUUUUGCCAAGAACUUACAUGAUCAAGGACAAAAAUAUGUAAUUAUUAUGAAUCCCGGCAUCUUAAACGAUUCUGACUACCAGCCCUUUACGAAUGGAAGUAAAAAGAGAGUAUGGAUCUUGUGGGACUAUGGCUUUGUCAUUGGGCAGGGGUACCCUGGAUGGACGGUCUUUCCUGAUUUCAGUAAUCCAGAUUGUACUCAGUGGUGGACAGAAGAAUUCCAAGCGUUCUAUAAGACUCUGGAGUUUGAUGGAGUGUGGAUUGAAAUGGAUGAAGUUUCUAGCUUUCUCCCCAAUUCUGCUCGUGAGUGUGAAGACAACAGCUUGAACUUUCCUCCUUUCACCCCUCGAGUUCUGGACCGCUCCCUUUUCGCAGGCACCCUCUGCAUGGACACCGAGUUUUUCCAGAACCUUCAUUAUGAUGUCCACAGCUUGUAUGGCUACUACAUGUCAAAAGCCACCGACACGGCCAUGAAGACUAUCUUCCCCAAUAAAAGGAACUUCAUCUUAUCCCGUUCUACUUUUGCUGGAUCUGGCAAAUUCGCUGCUCAUUGGUUGGGGGACAACGCGGCCAAGUGGGAUGAUCUCCAAUGGUCCAUCCCCAGUAUCCUCGAGUUCAACCUGUUUGGUAUCCCCAUGGUAGGUGCCAACAUCUGCGGUUACAUGGAGAACGUCACAGAGGAGCUGUGCAGAAGAUGGAUGCAGCUUGGAGCAUUUUAUCCACUCUCGAGGAAUCACAAUGGGCCUGGAUUCAGGGACCAGGAUCCCGCCGCCUUCGGGGAAGACUCCCUGCUGUUGAAUUCCUCCAGACAUUAUCUGAACAUCCGCUACACCCUGCUGCCCUAUCUCUACACCCUCUUCUACCGAGCUCACAGCCUUGGGGAGACUGUGGCGAGGCCCCUGGUCCAUGAGUUCUACCAGGACCCAGCGACGUGGGAGGUGCACGAGCAGUUCUUAUGGGGGCCUGGACUCCUCAUCACACCUGUUUUAUACGAAGGCGUGGCCCAAGUGAAAGCAUACAUACCAGAUGCCAUCUGGUACGACUACGAGACAGGGGUGGCCAUCCAGUGGCGGAAGCAGUUGGUGGAGAUGCUGCUGCCCGCCGAUAGGAUCGGACUUCACCUUCGAGGGGGCUACAUAUUUCCCACCCAGCAGCCAAACACCACCACGGAGGCAAGUCGGAAGAACUCCCUGGGACUCAUUGUUGCCUUGGACUAUAAGAGAGAAGCACAGGGAGAACUGUACUGGGAUGAUGGCGUGUCUCCAGAUGCUGUCGAUGAAAAGAAUUAUAUUCUGUAUGAUUUUUCUGUCACCUCUAACCUUCUACAGGCGAAGAUUACAAAUAAUAAUUACAAGGACCCUGAUAACCUCAUGUUCACAGACAUCAUAAUCUUGGGAAUGGACAAGCAGCCUACUAAUCUUACUGUCUUAGUUAAUAAUAUUUUCACCUCCAUAUCAAAUGUUGACUACAGCGCUUCAACGAAGGUGUUGAAAAUCACUGAUCUCAAGGGACUGGUACUAGGACAAGAAUUCUCCAUUACGUGGAAUCUUCCCGUCAGUGACCUGGAGAAGUUCAACUGCUACCCUGAGGAGCCCACCGCCUCCGAGGAGAGCUGCAGGCAGCGAGGGUGCCUGUGGGAGCAAACAGCCGUUCCUGGCGUGCCCACCUGUUUCUAUGACACCAUCCCUAAUUAUGCAGCCAGUAACAUCCAGUAUUUGCCUGCCGGCAUCACUGUGGACCUUCCCCUGCUGACCGCCCCCGGGUCAGCGCAAGAGGCAACACCGCCACCACCAACACGGGACACGCGAUCCUCCCCCUCAUCGGCCACGGCUGUCUCUGACCCUCUCUCUGCAAAGAUCAGCCUCCUUAACCUCACAGUGAUCUACCACACCGAAAACAUGCUACAGUUCAAGAUCUCCGAUCCCACUAAGAAGAGGUAUGAGGUCCCAGUGCCUCUGAACACCCCUUCCUCUCCUGUCGGUGCCUCUGAAAACCGCCUGUAUGAUGUGAGGAUUCAGACCAAUCCUUUUGGGAUCCAGAUUCGACGAAAAAACUCCAGCACUGUGAUAUGGGACUCUCAGCUCCCCGGCUUCACCUUCGACGACAUGUUCCUUUCCGUUUCUACUCGGCUCCCCUCUCAGAACAUCUAUGGCUUUGGGGAAACUGAGCACACGACUUUCAGAAGAAAUAUUAGCUGGAGCACGUGGGGAAUGUUUGCUCGAGACGAGCCCCCAGUGUACGAGAAGAAUUCCUACGGUGUCCACCCCUACUACAUGGCACUGGAGGAGGAUGGCAGUGCCCACGGAGUGCUCUUGCUGAACAGCAAUGCCAUGGAUGUGACAUUCCAGCCCACUCCUGCCCUGACAUACCGCACCACAGGAGGGAUUUUGGACUUUUACGUAGUUUUGGGGCCAACCCCCGAGCUGGUAACUCAGCAGUACACCGAGUUGAUCGGUCGGCCAGCAAUGAUUCCGUACUGGGCCUUGGGAUUCCAGCUGAGUCGCUAUGGAUAUCAGAGUGAUACCGAAAUCUCCAAUUUAUACAAUGCGAUGACAGCAGCCCAGAUUCCCUACGAUGUUCAGCAUGUGGACAUAGAUUACAUGGACCGGAAGCUGGACUUCACCCUCAGCACCAGCUUUCAAAACCUCAGUCUCCUGAUUGAGCAAAUGAAGCAAAAUGGCAUGAGAUUUAUCCUCAUUCUGGAUCCGGCCAUUUCUGGCAAUGAGACCCAGUAUCUCCCAUUCACCAGAGGGCAGGAAAACAAUGUAUUCAUCACAUGGCCUGAUGGUGAUAUUGUCUGGGGAAAGGUGUGGCCAGAUCUGCCCAAUGUGAAUGUGGAUGGAUCCCUUGACCAAGAAACUCAGGUUAAGCUGUACAGAGCCCACGUUGCCUUUCCUGACUUUUUACGAAACAGCACGGCUGCAUGGUGGAAGAAAGAAAUAGAAGAGCUCUACUCAAACCCCCGAGAGUCGGAGAAGAGCUUGAAGUUUGACGGACUGUGGAUUGAUAUGAACGAGCCAUCAAACUUUGUGAAUGGAUCUGUCGUGGGCUGCAGUGAUGAAAUUCUUAAUAAUCCACCCUACAUGCCAUAUCUGGAGUCCAGGGACCAGGGUCUGAGCAGCAAGACCCUGUGCAUGGAGAGCGAGCAGAUCCUGGCGGACGGCUCCCGGGUGCAGCAUUACGACGUGCACAGCCUGUACGGGUGGUCCCAGACGCGGCCCACCUACGAAGCUGUGCAGGAGGUGACAGGACAGCGAGGGGUCGUCAUCACCCGCUCCACAUUCCCCUCUUCUGGCCGCUGGGGAGGACACUGGCUGGGAGACAACACGGCUGCGUGGGACCAGCUGAGGAAAUCUAUCAUUGGCAUGAUGGAGUUCAGUCUCUUUGGGAUAUCUUAUACAGGGGCAGAUAUCUGUGGGUUCUUUGGAGAUGCAGAAUAUGAGAUGUGUGUUCGCUGGAUGCAACUGGGGGCGUUUUACCCGUUUUCCAGAAACCACAACAACAUCGGGACGAGGAGACAAGAUCCUGUAGCCUGGAAUUCAACCUUUGAGAUGUACUCGAGAAAAGUCCUCCAGACCAGGUACACCCUGCUGCCUUACCUCUACACGCUGAUGCACGAGGCUCACGUUGAGGGCAGCACCGUCGUCCGACCCCUUCUCCACGAGUUUAGCGAUGACAACACAACAUGGGAUAUAGACAGUCAAUUCAUGCUGGGCCCCGCCAUCCUAAUCAGCCCCGUGCUGGAAAGCAACACUUUCGAGAUCCGCGCGUACUUCCCCAGAGCCCGUUGGUAUGACUAUAGCACGGAAUCUGGCAGUGAAUCCACCGGUGAGUGGAGGGUCCUGGAGGCUCCCCUCGACCACAUCAACCUCCACGUGAGAGGAGGCUACAUCCUGCCUUGGCAAGAGCCUGCGAUGAACACUCUCUUGAGUCGACAAAAGUUUAUGGGAUUGACUGUUGCUUUGGAUGACAGUGGCACAGCUGAAGGUCAAAUGUUCUGGGACGACGGACAAAGCAUUGAUACCUAUGAAAAUGGCAUCUAUUUCUUGGCAAAGUUUACAGCAGCUCAGAAUGCAUUGUACAUUCAGACCAUAUACAAUAAGUAUUUGAAUGACUUGAAUCCCCUGAAAGUUGGAUAUAUUAGAAUCUGGGGGACAAGCUCUACUUAUGUGACACAAGUCACUGUCACCUAUGACAACCAGCAAUUCAUGGAGAUGAAUUUCAAGAGUGACCCCUACAAUCAGACACUAACUAUUCAAUUGACUGACAAGAUAAUCAGCCUGGAAAAGUUAACUGAGGUUACCUGGAUUCACAGUGGCGCUGUAGUUUCUACUACACCUUCGACAAGCGUUUUCUCCACGAGUUCUCUGCGUCCUUCCUUAUCUACUACUCAGACUACAAAUUCUGAGACCAUCACCACUAGUACUGUUACUACAAGUACUACCAGCACUAGUAUUACUCUUCCUAUCAUAACCACUCCUUUCCCUAUAGGUACUAGUGAACUUACAACUAGCACUACUGUUAUGGAUGUCACUACUCCUUUCCUUACAAGUACUACUGAACUUACAACUAGCACUACUGUUAUGGAUGUCACUACUCCUUUCACUACAAGUACUAGUGAACUUACAACUAGCACUACUGUUAUGGAUGUCACUACUCCUUUCCUUACAAGUACUGCUGCCAGCACUAGUAUUAUUCUUCCCAUCAUAACCACUCCUUUCCCUAUAAGUACUACUGAACUUACAACUAGUACUACCGAUACUGUUAUCACUACUCCUUUCCUUACAAGUACUGCUGCCAGCACUAGUAUUAUUCUUCCCAUCAUAACCACUCCUUUCCCUAUAAGUACUACUGAACUUACAACUAGUACUACCGAUACUGUUAUCACUACUCCUUUCCUUACAAGUACUGCUGCCAGCACUAAGCACCACUCAGUUCAUUUCUACUCCGCAUCCUCUAGGCACGCCUGGUACCGCCACCGCAGACAGCGUGUCUCCGACGGCACUUACCGGGAUCAUUAG